GCGACCAACCAAACACCCGUGAGGCACGUGCUUCUCGCUGUCAGCAGGCCACCACGUCACUUGGAAGAGAUGACCUUGACCCAUGCAGAAAUCCUUGCCAAGCCCUAUGUGCGUGGCGAGACGGACCUCUUUGAGUACCUCACGGCGCUCAUGUCGACCAAGAUUCUGAUCUUCGACGGUGGCAUGGGCACGAUGAUUCAAAAGCACAAGUUCUCGGAAGAAGAGUACCGCGGCGACCGAUUCAAAGAUUGGCCGCAUUUGGUCAAAGGGAACAACGACUUGUUGUCGAUCACCCAGCGCGACGUGAUCAAGGACAUCCACAAAGAAUACAUGACCAUUGGCGGCGCCCAACUCAUCGGGACCAACACGUUCUCGGGCACGACGAUUGCCCAGGCCGAUUACCACAUGGAAGACCUCGUAUACGAAAUCAACUUUGAAAGUGCCGCGCUGGCGCGCGAGGCAUGCGACGAACUCACGGCCCUCGACCCGCUCACGCCUCGCUUCGUCGCCGGUUCCAUCGGCCCCACGAACCGCACGUUGUCCAUUUCGCCCAACGUAGAAGACCCAGGUUUUCGCAACGUCACGUUCGACGAACUGGUCCAAGCGUACUACGAGCAAAUCGAAGCGUUGAUGGACGGCGGGAGCGACAUCUUGCUGGUCGAGACCAUCUUCGACACGUUGAACGCCAAGGCGGCGGUGUUUGCCGUUAACAAGUACCAAGCCGACAAGAACAAGAAGAUCCCUCUCUUCAUCUCCGGGACCAUCGUCGACAUGAGCGGCCGGACGUUGAGUGGGCAGACCACGGAAGCAUUCUACGUGAGUCUGCGCCACUCGAAGCCGUUCUGCAUCGGACUCAACUGCGCGUUGGGGGCCAACCAAAUGAAGCCUUUCCUGCGCCGCCUAGCCAAUGUAGCCGAGUGCUUCGUGUCCGUGUAUGCUAACGCCGGCCUGCCCAACGCCAUGGGCGGGUACGAUGACGACCCGCUGCUCAUGGCCAAGUACUGCGGCGAGUUCUGCGAAGAAGGACUGCUCAACAUGAUUGGCGGAUGCUGCGGCACCACUCCCCUACAUAUCAAGGCGAUCGCGGACGAAGCGCACAAGUCUCCGCCGCGUCCGCAGUACGUCCCCAAAGAGCCGUUCAUGUGGCUCUCUGGGUUGGAAGACAUGGUCGUGACCAAGGAACGGUUUUCGUUUCUCAACGUGGGCGAACGGUGCAACAUCAGCGGAUCCAUUCGCUUCAAGAAGCUCAUCAUCAAGGGCGACUACGGCACGGCCAUGGAAAUCGCGCGCGCGCAAGUCGAGGAAGGCGCGAUGGUCGUGGAUGUGAACGUGGACGACGGCAUGUUGGAUGGCGUGGCAGCAAUGGAACGUUUCCUAAAGAUCGCCGUGACCGAGCCAGACGUGUCCAAAGUGCCUUUUAUGAUUGACUCGUCCAAGUUUCACGUGGUGGAGGCCGGGCUCAAAUGCGUGCAAGGCAAGUGCAUUGUCAACUCGAUCUCGCUCAAGGUCGGCGAAGACGAGUUUGUCCGCCAUGCCAAGAUCGUCAAGAGCCACGGGGCCGCCGUGGUCGUGAUGGCGUUCGACGAGUACGGCCAGGCCGCGACGGAAGCGGAAAAGGUGCGCAUCUGCAAGCGGUCAUAUGACAUUUUGGUCGGUCCGCGGGUGGGGUUUCCCCCCGAGGAUAUUGUGUUCGACCCGAACAUCCUCACGAUUGCCACGGGUAUGGAAGAGCACAACAACUACGGCGUGGACUUUAUCAACGCGUGCAAAGUGAUCAAGGAGCAGAACCCGUACUGCAAGAUCUCGGGGGGGGUGUCCAACUUGUCGUUUGGGUUUCGAGGCGUCAACGUCAUCCGCGAAGCGAUUCACAGUGUGUUUCUGUACCAUGCGGUGCAGGCGGGUAUGGAUAUGGGCAUUGUGAACGCCGGCAUGUUGCAGAUCUACGACGACAUCCCCAAGGACCUGCUGCAAAUCGUCGAGGAUGUCGUGCUCAACCGCAACCCCGAGGCGUCGGAAGCGCUGCUGGAACGGUCGUUGCUUGAACGGGAAAAGGCGGACGCGGCCAAGAAGGGCGGCACCGGCGUCGUGGUGGCGCAGCAGGAAUGGCGUACCAAGCCAGUCGGCGAGCGCCUCACACAUGCGCUGGUCAAGGGUAUUUCCGACUACAUUGACAACGACGUGGAAGAGAUGCGGCUGUUGUGCGACCGGCCGUUGCAUGUGAUCGAAGGGCCGCUCAUGGACGGGAUGAAUGUGGUCGGGGACUUGUUUGGCGCGGGCAAGAUGUUCUUGCCCCAAGUGAUCAAGAGCGCCCGCGUGAUGAAAAAGGCGGUGGCGUACUUGCUGCCGUUCAUGGAGGAAGAAAAGCUGGCGCAGCAGGCCAAGGACCGCGCUGAUGGCAUUGUGAGCGAAGACAUGGACGAGGACAGUAUGUACGCGGGCAAGGUGCUGCUGGCCACGGUCAAGGGCGACGUCCAUGACAUCGGCAAGAACAUCGUGGGGGUCGUGCUCGGCUGCAACAACUACAAGAUCAUCGACGCAGGGGUGAUGGUGCCGUGCGAGGAGAUUCUGCGGCUCGCCAAGGAGCACAAUGUCGACAUCAUUGGCUUGUCUGGGCUGAUCACGCCAUCGCUGGAUGAAAUGGUGUUUGUCGCCAAGGAGAUGGCCAAGGCGGGCAUGACCAUGCCGCUCAUGGUCGGGGGUGCCACCACGUCCAAGAUGCACGCCGCCGUCAAGAUCGCGCCGCAGUACUCGACGAUAGACCACCCCGUGAUCCACGUGCUGGACGCGUCCCGGUCCGUGGUCGUGGUCGGCAACUUGCUCAAGCCAGAGGAAAAAGCCGACUUUGCCGAGGAAAUCCUCGAAGAGUACGAAGAGAUGCGCGACGACUACUAUGCGUCGAUCGACGACAUCAAGAUGAUUCCGUACGAAAAGAUCUGCGCCAAGUCGUUCAAGAUCAACUGGGCCACCAACCCGCCGUUCGGCAAGACAAACCAGCUCGGCAACCGCGUCAUCGACGACGUGCCCCUCGACGACAUUGUGCCGUUUAUCGACUGGAACCCGUUCUUCCAGACGUGGGAGCUGCGCGGGCGGUACCCCAACCGCGGGUACCCCAAGAUCUUUGACGACGAAAACGUCGGCGCCGAGGCCAAGAAGCUGUUUGAUGACGCCCAGACCAUGCUCCAUGAGAUCAUCGCCAACAAGUCGAUGCAAGUGCGCGGCGUGUGCGGCAUUUACCGCGCCGCCCGCAAGGAUCAAGAUGUGGUGCUGUACGACCCCGAGCAUCGCGACCGCGAGCUCGCGUCGUUUUGCAUGCUGCGCCAACAGGCCGAGAAGGAAACGGAUGAGCCAUACAUGAGUUUAUGCGACUUUAUCGCGCCUGUGGAAACCGGCCUUGAAGACCAUUUGGGCAUGUUUGCCGUCGGGUGCUUUGGCGUCGAGGAACUGGCGGCCGCGUACGACGCCAAGCACGACGACUACUCCAAGAUCAUGGCCCAAGCGAUCGGCGAUCGAUUCGUGGAAGCGUUUGCCGAGUACAUCCAUCGCGAGAUGCGCACCAAACUGUGGGGAUAUGCCCAGGACGAGAGCCUCGUGCAGGAAGACUUGCUUAAAGUCAAGUACGACGGCAUCCGACCGGCGCCAGGGUACCCAUCGCAACCCGACCACACGGAGAAGAAGAUCAUGUGGGACCUCCUCCAGGCCGAAGCGCUCGGGUUGAAGCUGAGCGAGAACUUUGUGAUGAUGCCGGCGUCGUCGGUGAGUGCGCUCUGCUUUGCACACCCCGAGUCGCAGUACUUUGCCGUGGGCAAGGUCGGGAAGGACCAAAUCACGGCGUAUGCUGAGCGAAAGCAGCAGAGCGUCGAGUUCACGGAGAAGUGGCUGUCUCCGAUUCUCAACUACGACCGCGACUAGACGAUACCGCCGCAAUCUCAAGACAUGCCAUCAUGACAUGUAUGCCAUGUCUGAACACAGUAUCGCACCCGUUGUAUGUGCCAUAACGUGGAGAUUGUGACCUAGGUUCGUCCAGUAGUAGAAAGAGUCGAAUUUGGUUGGAGCGGCCAACAAAUUAUAACAAAAUUGUGUACUAUUGAUGACUGCUGCCAACAAAUUAUAUCAAAAUUGUGUACUAUUGAUGACUGCUGCCAACAAAGUAUAACAAAAUUGUGUACUAUUGACGACUGCUGCCAAAACAUUAUA